AUGAUAUCCAUUCUGCUGAUUAGGCUUCACCAGCUGCAGGUGUGGAACCUGCAAACAAGCCAGGGAGAGAAGGAGAGCAGGAAACUGCAGCCACGCCCUGAACCCCCCGCACCAGGCUCCCACCAGGCUCCCACCAGGCUCCCACUAGACUCCCACCAGGCUCCCACCAGGCUCCCACCAGACUCCCACCAGGCUCCCACCAGACUCCUACCAGGGUCCUACCAGGGUCCCACCAAACCCCUACAAGGCUCCCACCAGGCUCCCACCAGACUCCUACCACACUCCCACAAGGCUCCCACCAGACUCCCACCAGACUCCCACCAGGCACCCACCAGGCCUAGGCCAAAACAAGAUCUAGAUUUACACAAGUGGGCUCCCACCAGGCUCCCACUAGACUCCCACCUGGCUCCCACCAGACUCCUUCCAGGCUCCCACCAGGCUCCCACAAGGCUCCCACCAGACUCUCACCAGACUCCCACCAGGCUCCCACCAGACUCCUACAAGGCUCCCACCAGGCUCCCACCGGGCUCCCACAAGACUCCCACUAGGCUCCCACCAGGCUCCCACCAGACUCUUACAAGUCUCCCACCAGGCUCCCACCAGACUCCCACCACACUCCCACAAGGCUCCCACCAGACUCCCACCAGGCACCCACCAGGGUCCCACCAGGGUCCCACCAGACUCUUACAAGGCUCCCACCAGGCUCCCACCAGGCUCCCACCAGACUCCUACCACACUCCCACAAGGCUCCCACCAGACUCCCACCAGGGUCCCCCAGACUCUUACAAGGCUCCCACCAGGCUCCCACCAGACUCCUACCACUCUCCCACAAGGCUCCCACCAGGCACCCACCAGGCCUAG